AGGAGGUUUUAACAACACAAACUUAUAAAGCAAAUGGAUAAACAAUUUUAUUGAUGAGCUUUUUAUUUUUUCAUUUAAUUGUCUUAUUUAAAAUUACACACACACACAAAUAUAUAUAAAACCAUAUAAUCGAUUAUUACUGAAAAUUAAAUAUAUUUUUAUUUUAGGUUUUAUCUUUAAAUAAAAAAGCUCAUUCCUUUGUUCCUGUACCUGGAGUUGGGGUGGGCUGCAGUAAACCCCAAACCUUCACAAAGCUGCUCUUGGUCUUUUCAUUCUAUAACAUGUUGUUUUAUUAUCCACACAGAUCCUUUCACCGCAGCAUGUUUUUCCUCUGCCCUGUGUGCAAAAAGGCUCCUCACUCUCUUCCUGGGCAUCUCAGGGAGGUGUGUAUGAGGAACAGCACAAAGGCAGAGAUCCAGGCUGUCGUCAUAGAGGCCAAGAAGGAGUUGUCUGAAUUCUGCCACAGAGGACGUUUCUGGGAGUUUGGAGAAAUUCGUGACAUAUUGGACUCUACUAAUCCUCUGGACAGGAUGAUUGCGGAGAUGCAGUCAAGGGGGUUGGUCAUUAAUAACUUACCUUCACUCCUCCCGGAACCAGCUCAAUCGACUACAUCUUCUGUGUCUCAAAGCUCUGGAGAAGGUCCAGUUGAGCCUCCAAAUGAGCCCUUAUCUGACGAGAGCUCUGGAGAGUACUAUCAGAGCACUGUUGGACCGAAGUGGACCUCUUCCGUGAGGGUGGAAAUGGUCAAAAAAGGCUUUUACAAUAAGCACUCCAUUGACCACCCCCUUCUAGCAGGAUUUAAUAAGGACCUGCACAUUGACCUAGGACAUAAAAACAGCAAACAAGUAGUGGAAACAGUGUCCAGGUUCUUACAUUACAUGGAUUCCACUGAGCCAAACUUGAUGUUUGUUCGUCAGGUGGAGAAAGUGCGAGAGUACUUUAACAUCUUGUCAGAUACAAAGCUCUCAAAAUGGACAGUGUUCAACUACUGGAAGAGUCUCAAGAGGUUCAUGAAAUACAUUAUUACCCCCACAGACAUUCGCCACAACAAUCCAUCUCUGUUCCAGGACUGUGAGAGUUUUUUGGAUGUGCUGUAUGAAAUAGAGAGUGCUAUGUCCAAAAAAGUAAGCACGGAGGUCACAGGGAAAAAAUCAGAGCUUGGGAAUGGCAAAGAAAUUUUGCCAAAGGACUGCCUUGCUGUUUUGGAGGCUGCAUUCAAAGAUUUCCAGGCCGUGAUGUGUAAAAUGCAGGAUCCAGGAGCCAUCACAGGGGACUGUUUGACUAAAAAUGAACGGCUGCUCGUCCUGUACUACCUGGAGGCUAUUAUCAUGCUGAAGCUACUUCAGCGACCUAGUGUAGUGACACAGAUGACUGUUGAGGAUUGGGAGGGGAGAAGCCGGAUAGAGAAUGGUGUCUGUGUUGCAGUGAAGGAGCACAAAGUACCGUUGUCACACGAACAGGAACUUUGGUUUGACUUGUACUUCAAUGAGGUGCGGCCAGUAAUGCUACAAGAAAACCGCACCGGCGACGAUGUGGCAGUUGAUUCAUUUUUUGUAUCAAGUAGUGGGAGAUCGAUUUAUAAUCCCUCGAAUGACUUAAAAAGACUACAUGACAAAUACAGUCUCCCUAGUGUGACCUUUGGUGAUGCCCAGAGAGCGUUUGAGGCAGCAGCACAAAACCUGAAGUCAGAAGUGGAGAGAAAUGUGUUGGCACGGCUGUUUGGGCACAUGCCAGAAACAGCUGAAAGGAACAACAUGAGGAGAACGUCUUCAGAUGCAUUUCUGGCUCUAAGUGUGCUAGAUCAGCUUGCUGGAAAAACACGACAAAGGUCCAGUAGAGCUUCCAGCCAAGAGACAAGGGUGGACGAAGAGACAGCCUACAAAACUCUUGAGCAGUUCUGUCCAGUGACUCUGGAGGGGCCUCCUCCAAAAAGGGCACGCAGGAAUGAGCUGUGUGGCUCAGAACAUGAGAGGCACUGCUAUGACCGCUGGUGUAGCGAGCAGCUUAAGCUGCGUGAACAGCAUGCUCUUGAACAUUUUGCUGGACAGCAGCCAUCAGAGUCCAAAAUAAACCGCUGGAUGGACAAACAAGGGUGGACGUCAAAUGUCCCACAGGCUUCAGUGGUUCUGAAGCAGUGGAAGCCUGUUGCCAGGUUGGACUCGGUCAUCGACAGCAGCUUUGUGCAUAAAAUGAUUUCGUCUCAAUGCUGGAAAGGACUGACUGUCAGACCCGUCCCUGACAAGGGUGAUGGUGUUUUCACCAAAAAACCCUUUCAAAUUGGGGAGGUUGUCUGUGAAUACCACGGCCAGCUGGUUACCCAUGAAGAUGGGAUGGCAAUUGUUUCGACCAGCGGCAUUAGACCUGGACAUUUGUUUUUUUAUAAGAACAAGCAACAUGAAGCCAUGUGCAUUGACGCACAUGAAGAAAGUUGCCAGUGCCAUCCCAUGAAGUUCAAUUACGGACGCCUGAUACGUCACUCCAGCAAAAGAGCCAAUAUCCGGCCCAGGCUGUAUGUGCUUUAUGAUAGAGACAUCAUUCUCUUCAUUGCUACAAAAGACAUUUUGAGUGAUGAGGAGUUACUCUAUAAUUAUGGCUCAAAGAGGAGAUCUUUUGCCGGGAAAGGGCUGGAAUUGGACUGGAUGUGAAAGAACAUCUUUCCAUCCCCCAUUCUCACUCACUUCUAGCAUGUCCAACUCCAAGUUUCCACCUGUGGCCAUAUUCUCUCCUCUCUCUCUGGACUCUGGACAACCAUCACUGCUCUUCUCACCCUGAAGGAUUCUUCCUGCAAUGUCAAGCACCAACACUUCUCUCUAAAUAGAGACUUGGUUGUAAUAGGCUGAAUGAGUGGGUCUUACAAACCAUUCACCUUUACUUCCAGAGAACUGUAUUUUCUCUUACUGACUUGUCUUUUUUCACUCUUUUUUUCUCAUAAGCUUCCUUUAUGCAAUAGUGAGAGUGUGAGUAGGCUAGUCCAUAUUCUCUCCUCUCUCUGGAUUCUUUGCAACACAUGUGGAAUUACAGCCUGGUAAGUAUGCUGAAGCUGCUCGUAACCCUCCCUCCCACCCACCCUUAAUUUCAACCUCAAGAAAAGCCAUGGACCUCACUGCCGAGAAUUAACCAGGCAUGUUAAUUCUUCAAGCAAGCAAUAGCAUAUUCAUCCUAGGAUUCACCGCCAUUUUUAAUUUAAGACAUUACCUAUGUUGUCUUUAUGUUGUUUGAUUAAUGUUCAGAUUUUGUUCAUUUGUUUGCACUUGUAUGUACUGGAAGUUGUUUAUUUUCUUUAGUGUAGUUAUUAUUUGAUAUUACUAUUAUAUAUACAGUCUUCAACUGU